UUAUAUUUUAUUACAAUAGUAUGUUUUUAUAUUUUUACAAUGUUAUAAUAUGUUAAAAUUGGUAAUUUAUUAAUAUGUUAAUUCGCUACAAUAUCUCAUAAUCAACCAGUCACAAAUAUCUUGCAAACACAACAAUUUUCAAACGUUAUGCCAGUCGUACAAAACGCUUAAUAACGUUGGAAACCGAAACUACCUGCUUCCGCAACUGCAGUCGAUGCGUUUGAACAAGUUGGAUCUAAGAAUAAUAAUGGUUCUGGACGCCAGACUUAUUUUUGAAAUGAACACAAAUAAUCAGACAUUUAAAAAAUGAAUUGUUGAGAUUUUCCUAUAUUCGAUACCUUUAAUUGUAUUUCCUUUUAUUUUGAUGCAAGAUAAUUGCGAUUUCCUCAUUGCAAUCUAAAAUUAAUUAGAUUUCAUACCUUGGUAGUUGGUAGAUUCUCUCGACUAAGGGUUUAGGUGAUUUUCUCGGCCAAAUACCUUGUAUUCUCUUGACUUUCUAAUAAGUUUAGGUUUUUUCCUUUCUGUUUCUUUCUCCGGAAUUCUAAAAGGCAAAACCCCCAUAGCUAUAUCACAAAACGAUCUAUGUUACUGUCUGUAAUUCAAGUUCAACUUUAUUUCCUUUUCCUUGAACUUUUGUUCGAAAUCUAUUUACAAAGACCUUUAGUGGAACCAAGACAGAAAAUUCGGAAGAUCAAUCCAGAGACGAUGAACAUGAACGUGUUAUCAUCAUCAUCACCAUCUCAUUCUAACUGUGGUCAUUGGUACGUUCGUCACGGUAUCUGCCUCACCUGCAAACAGAAACCAAGCCUUGUCGAAGAAUCCCGACGGUUCGAUUAUCUUUUCACCGGUUUACGUCUGAGCCAAGAAGCUGUAUUCUUUACAAAGCGUCUCACAACCCUAAUCUCACUUCACGCACACAAGAAACUUCACUUAGUCCUUGACUUGGACCACACGCUAGUCCACAGCGUUAGGGUUUCCAAUCUUUCCGAAGCAGAGAAGUACUUAAUCGAAGGUGAGAAACCAGGUUUGAAGCUAUAUCAAAGCAGGAUAAUAAAAGUUAGACCGUUUGUGAAAGACUUCCUUAGAGAAGCCAACACGCUAUUCAACAUGUACGUUUACACAAAAGGCGAUUUGUUAUACGGUAAAGAAAUCGCGAAGAUGAUUGAUCCAGACAAAACCUAUUUUGGAGACCGAGUGAUAACCAGAAGAGAGAGUCGUCACACGAAGACGCUUGAUCAUGUCUUGGCCGAUGAGCGUGGAAUCGUGAUUGUGGAUGAUACGGUUGAGGUUUGGCCUCAUCACAUGAGAAACUUGUUGAAGAUCACUAGGUAUUUCUACUUCAAACACAAUGGUAUUGAUAAAGUGUCAUCGUACGCAGAGAGGAAGAGAGACGAGAGUAAAAGCAGAGGAGCAUUAGCCAACCUUCUGAAAUAUCUCAAGGAUAUUCACAAUGGAUUCUUUAGCUGUGACGUCCAAGAAGAGUUGGAUUCAAAGGACGUUAGGUUGUUGAUAAAUGGUCCCUUCAAGCCACAUGGAUGUUGAUUUCUACCGUUUCAUAUUUGAUUCGUUUGAAUCGAAUCUAUAGUUUUAAAACUUUUGGA